AUGAAGCAUAACAUUGAAAAUAAGUUUAAGGGUGAUGCAGAACAAAAGAGAAAGUUUUUUAAUUCAAAUUGCAGGAAAUAUUCAUUACAAGAAAUAGAUGAUGGUCAAACCAUUUACUUUCCUAAAAAUCAUAUUCGCUG